AUGGAGAAAUAUAAGGCAACCCAACAAAGAGGGUGUGAUAUGGCCAAGGAGAAGAGAAGGAUGCGAAGAGGAUUAGUUGCAAAGAAGAAGAAGAAACCGGAGACAAAGGCGAGACGUGACGGAGAGAUGGGAUCAUCAUCACCGGAAAGGAAAAACAUUGAGAGGGGAAGAUAUGAUUCACAACACAACUACAAAAAUAUUGCAAAACUAAGCCCUAAGGAGCUGCUCCGAGAUGGGUUCUUCACAGCAACGUUUGGAGGUCGGAAACUAAUCCGAUCGGGACGAAAUUUGGAUGGUUCACUGAAGAGUUAUUACGGUGUCUUAAGGGCAGCUGAAACAAGUGUUCUACAUCAUCAUGUGGCCAAGGUCACGGAAGAACUCUACGUUUUUCGUUGGAAGGAAGAACUCUACGAUUACCACAUUAUGACAAAACCUUUCCAAUUAUACGACAAUCAAAAAUUCAUUGACAUUUCUACCACAUUUUGUGGACAAUUGUACCCUUGUGAGAAUAAAGAUGUGUUGGAGAGAGAAACGGAAGCAAUUGCAUUAAUUGCAAUCGAGGACAAUUUUUGUUACACUCGGGACAAAUUUUAUAUCGGGACAAGAUCCGAAUCGGUAGAUGACAAGUUGGUCACUAUCAAAAGACAAGGUGACAUUGAAGAAGGUUUCACGUCCGAGAUUUUCGGCGACACGAGAGGGGCGAGCUUGAAUUGUUCGUCGGCAAGGAGAUGGGAUGAAGCAACUCCUGCUGUGAUUAAGCCCACGAAACCAUUAAAGGAAGGUAAGAGGGAGCCAGAAGAUGAUUUAGAGACCAAAGUAAAUCUGAAGAAGCAAAAGAAAAACUUUGAGAACAAGGAGACAAUGGAAGGAUACACCAGCUUUCUUCAGAUGAUCGAAGCAAAGGUUGAUUUGUUGACCUCAAAGGUGGAUUCGUUGACCUCAAAGGUGGAUUUAUUGGUAUCGGUGAAGAUUGCAUCCAUGGGCGACCCUUGGGUGUGUUCGGAUGCACUUAUCCUUGUGCUUCCUCGAACACUUUUCUCGAUCCAUCCCAUCCGACGAUCGGUCUGUCCGACCCGAUCCGUCAGACGAUCGGCAUGUCCCAUCCGACCCGUCCGACGAUCGGUCUGUCCGAUCCGUCUGGCCGAUCCGAUCCGUCUGACGAUCGGUCUGGCCGAUCUGAUCCAACGAUCGGUCUACCAGAUCCGAUUCGUCUCUAAGCCGAACGGUCUACCCUCUCCAUCCUCUACACUCCAUCGAACCGUUGGAUCGGGAGGAGGCGAAUGGAUGCUUCCCGAAGCAUCACAUCCGGUCCUUGCACCCUUCCGAAAGGUCACAUCCGUUCUUUGCAUCCUUUCGAAAGGUCACAUCUGUUCCUUGCAUCCUUUGGGCGAUGCAACCGUUCGUUGGUACCCGCUCGACCUUACACCUUUUGGCCGAGACACCUCUUCACCCGUGAGCUACCACAGUCGACCAGCUCGAGUGUCAGCUGACCGGACCACCCAGCUGGGUCAGUACUUGAUUAGCUCACCGAGCUCAGUCGAGCUGUCGGUCAGCUCACCUAGCUGA